CAUCACAGCUGUUGGCCUGGCUGCACUGGGCCAGCGCAAGCCACGGUCACAGGAAGUGCGGCCCCGCCCUGGCAUCAGGCCGGAAGUGGGCGUUGCCGGGGCCUGGCUGUGAGGCGAAGUCGGCAGUGGGGAGAGCGUCUGGACUGAGCACUUGAACAGGACUCCUUUGCCAUCAGCAUGGAAGACACUUACAUCGACUCUCUGGACCCUGAAAAGUUAUUACAGUGCCCCUACGAUAAAAACCACCAGAUCAGGGCAUGCAGGUUCCCUUAUCAUCUUAUCAAGUGCAGAAAGAAUCAUCCUGAUGUGGCAAACAAAUUGGCUACUUGUCCCUUCAAUGCUCGGCACCAGGUUCCCCGGGCUGAAAUCAGUCAUCACAUCUCAAGCUGUGAUGACAAAAGCUGUAUUGAGCAGGAUGUGGUCAACCAAACCAGGAACCUUGGACAAGAGACUCUGACUGAGAGCACAUGGCAGUGCCCUCCUUGUGAUGAAGACUGGGAUAAAGAUCUGUGGGAACAGACUAGCACCCCAUUUGUCUGGGGCACAGCCAACUUCUGUGGCAACAACAGUCCUGCAAACAACAUAGUUAUGGAACAUAAGAGUAACCUGGCUUCAGGCAUGCGAGUUCCCAAGUCUCUACCCUAUGUCCUGCCAUGGAAAAAUAAUGGAAAUGCACAGUAACUGAACAUCUUUCUCAAAUACCAGACUGUGGAAGACUCUUGAUUAUUCCUGCUACCCAAGGGUUCUUCUUUUUUCUCUUUAUCUAAUUAUAGAACAGUAAACUGUCUGUGACUUUCAAA